CUAUAGAGUCUAUAGAGGAGAAAUGACAUGCAUAAUUAGCUUAUGACUCUCUCUCUCUCUCAAACUAUGAUCCUGUGUUUGUGGAGCAUCUGUUCUGUAGCAUUGAUUCCCUUUGAACACUGAUCUUGCUCUUUUUUCUUUUUGGGACCAAUUUUCAACCACCCUUUAAACCCCUUUUCAAAAAAUGCAUGCUUUUUGUUUGUAAAAGUGUCUCUGUUACAAACAUCAAAGAAACUUGUUCUGUUUUGAUAUUGAUUUCACUUUCCAGUUCAUUUUGUUGCUAGCUACCAAAUACAAAUUGAAGUAGAUUUUGGGUGAUUUUGAAAUGGAAGUUAUAGUUAUAGAGUUAUAGGUUUGUGGUGAAACAUUGAAGAAAAAAAUGGGGUCACAAGGUGGAACAGUUUCAGAGUCAAAGACUUUACCUUUAUCUAGGUCAGGAUCUUUGUAUAAUCUAACACUUGAUGAAGUUCAAAACCAUCUUGGUAAUUUAGGGAAACCACUUGGAAGUAUGAAUCUUGAUGAGUUGCUUAAGAGUGUAUGGAGUGUUGAAGCUGGCGAGGUUUCGGAUUUCGGUGGUAGUGAUGUUGCUGCUACUGCUGGUGGUAACAUGCAGCAUAAUCAACUUGGUGGUUUCAAUUCACAAGAGAGUUUAACUUUAUCUGGAGAUCUUAGUAAGAAAACUGUUGAUGAGGUGUGGAAAGAUAUGCAAGGGAAGAAGAGGGGUGUUGAUAGGGAUAGGAAAUCGCGCGAAAAACAACAGACACUUGGUGAGAUGACUUUGGAGGAUUUCUUGGUAAAAGCUGGAGUUGUUGGUGAAUCUUUUCAUGGUAAAGAAAGUGGUUUGUUAAGGGUUGAUUCGAAUGAGGAUUCUCGGCAAAAAGUUUCACAUGGUCUUCAUUGGAUGCAAUAUCCGGUCCAUUCUGUUCAGCAGCAACAACAUCAGUAUGAAAAGCAUACGAUGCCGGGUUUUGCGGCAGUUCAUGCCAUUCAACAGCCUUUUCAGGUUGCAGGGAAUCAAGCUUUGGAUGCAGCGAUAUCGCCAUCUUCUUUAAUGGGUACGUUAUCAGAUACACAAACGCUAGGUCGAAAAAGGGUUGCUUCUGGUAUUGUAGUGGAGAAAACUGUCGAGAGGAGGCAAAAGAGGAUGAUAAAAAAUAGGGAAUCUGCUGCUCGGUCACGAGCAAGAAGACAGGCUUAUACACAAGAACUGGAACUUAAAGUUUCGCGUUUAGAAGAGGAAAAUGAAAGGCUUAGAAGACAGAAUGAGAUGGAGAAGGAGGUACCAACUGCACCGCCACCCGAGCCUAAAAAUCAGCUCCGCAGAACUAAUUCAGCAUCCUUUUGAUGUCUUCAUUGCAACGAGUUCCUUAUUCUUUUUCAUGAUAUCAACAAAGUUCUCAUGUGCAUUAUGCAUCUCUCAAACAAGUUCCCUUACAGUUGGAAGAUAAUUUAUCAUUAGGUAGCUGUUUGUGAUGCAAAUUGCAAUCAAUUCUCCACAGCAGGCUCUAUUCCACUAAAGUUUUGUUGUAUCUAUAUAUUUGUAUCAUGUCUGAAUUAUGACUUAUUUUAUCGACAAAUGUUAGUAAGUUAGUGUUAUGUUAGUUUCAAGGGUUUGAACCCGAGACCUCCUUCGGUGUCCCUUAACUUACCAACCGAACUACUUACGCGAGUCUGAAUUAUGACUUUAGGGCUUUAAAUAUAUUUGAGUCUAGUUUUGGACCUA